UGACAGAUCUCACGGCUCUAGUGGCAGGGAAACACACCCGUCAGCAGCGCGCAUUGGAGACAAAAAAGCGCAUCACGGACAAAGGAAAUAUGGGUGCGCUGGAGAGGAUUCACCUUAGCCGGGUACCACAAUGGAUGAGCCGCUUCUGUUUCAUUAACGGAAGACCAAUUAGCCCACCUUAAUGAGGUGCUGGGAUGCAAGAUACUGCAAGCUAAAAAGGCGGAAGGCUGCGUUUAAUCCGUCUGCGGAUCCUAUGAGCUUGCAAUGGCUGUGGCGGGGAUAUGCAACCGGAUAGGGAAUAAUGUGCCUUUUUAUUUUGUGAUAUUUUCCUUAUUUUGUGGCCUUUCGUUUGGACAGUUACGAUAUUCUAUUUCGGAAGAACUCGAAAAUGGGGCACUGGUCGGUGAUCUGGCGCAUGACUUGGGGCUUGAUAUUCGAAAGCUCGCCACACGAAAAAUUAAGGUAACCUCUAACAGCGGCAAACGCUAUGUGAUUGUCAACGCUAAAAAUGGGAAAUUACUCGUCAAUGAGAGGAUCGACAGGGAGGCACUGUGUGAUCUAUCCAACACCUGCCUUAUCAAUCUGGAGGUGAUGGUCGAAAACCCCACUGAGGUGCACCAUGUCGAGGUGGAGAUUGUGGACGCCAACGAUAAUGCGCCGCAGUUCCCCAGAGAUGAGUAUCAACUGGAAAUCACAGAAUCUGCUUUACCCGGGUCUCGGUACCCCAUUGAAAACGCCCAAGACCCAGACGUUGGGUCAAAUUCUAUCCGUAUGUAUCAGCUGAGCACAAACGAACAUUUCGCGCUGGUGUCCAACAAACCCUCCCUUAACACAAAGCACAUCGAGCUCGUGCUCAAAAAGCCCAUUGAUCGAGAACAGACGCCUUACCACCAAUUCAUUCUGAGUGCCGUGGAUGGGGGGACGCCUGAAAAAACAGGAACGGCCAGAAUCAAUGUCCGGGUCCUGGACUCAAAUGACAAUAUCCCAAUGUUCGACAGCUCAGUGUACAAGGUGAAACUGUUGGAGAAUUCACCCAAAGACACUCUGGUAAUUAAAUUGAAUGCUACUGAUUUGGAUGAAGGCACCAAUGGGGAGGUGUAUUACUCCUUCAGCAGCUACACUCCAGAGAGAGUGAGGCAGAUGUUCAGCAUGGACACAAACACAGGUGAGAUAAGGGUGAGAAGCAAUGUUGAUUAUGAAGAAACCAACUCUUAUGAGAUGUACAUCCAGGCGAUGGACAAGGGCCCCGGGGCGGUGGCGGCACACUGUAAGGUAGUGGUGGAGGUGGUGGAUGUGAAUGACAAUGUCCCUCAGAUAGUGCUGUCGUCCUUGUCGAGCCCUGUGAGGGAGGACGCCCGUGCAGACACAGUUGUGGCCCUCAUUAGUGUGACUGAUCGAGACUCCGGCGCUAACAAGCAGGUGAGCCUGGAGAUCCCAGCAGGCCUUCCUUUUAAGAUCAAGUCAUUCAGAAACUACUACACCCUGGUUACCUCAGCCUUCCUGGACCGCGAGACCACCAAUGCCUACAAUGUCACUCUGAGUGCCACGGAUGGAGGGAACCCCCCCCUUUCCUCCCAGAAGACCAUACAGGUGGAUGUGGCUGAUGUAAACGACAACCCACCGAGGUUUGAGCAGACUUCAUAUACUGUCUAUGUGACAGAGAACAAUGCUCCAGGGGCCUCUUUGUGUACCGUGAAAGCUCAAGAUGCAGACAUUAAAGAGAACGCACGCAUCACCUACACAGUGCUCAAUGACAACAACCACGGCAUCCCUGUCACCUCGUAUGUGUCUGUGAAGGCCGAUACAGGCGAGGCUUACGCCCUGCGAGCCUUUGACUAUGAAUCACUGAGAGAGUUUCACUUCCAGGUCAAAGCCCAAGAUGGGGGCAUUCCUCCGCUUAGCCGGGUCGCCACUGUCUACAUCUACAUAAUGGAUCAGAACGACCAUGCACCAUUGAUAGUUAAUCCUCCCGGCAACGGCACUCGCUCCUUGGAGACAGUACAAAAGAACACAGAGCCCGGUGCCUUGGUGACCAAAGUUGUAGCAUACGAUGCAGAUGCUGGUCCAAAUGCCUGGCUGGUGUAUGUGCUGGAGACGGCCACUGACCUGGACCUGUUCAAGGUGCAUGAACACACUGGUGAGAUCAGGACCACUCGAAGGAUCAUGGAGGACAACUCCACCUCCUUCGCUCUGACUGUUCUAGUGAAGGACCAUGGACAGCCCGCCCUCUCCUCCACUGCUACCAUCAACGUAGCCGUCAUGGAGGUUCCGCCCAAAGUGGCUCCUGACCCCAAGAGGAUCAUCCGACCUCACAGCACACUGCUCUUCUCCAACGUGACCCUCUACCUGAUAGUGGCUUUGAGUGCCACCACCUUCGUUUUCCUGGUCACUGUGGUGGUACUGGCAAUCGUCCGCUGUCACGCCUACUGCAGCCAGCCUGGGUCUUGCUCCCCUUGUUGUGGGUCACAGAAGCCCCCUCCAGAUGGCGGGAGCAGCAGCGUUAGUGCCGGUGGGCCAGGCGGUGCUGGAGCCGGGGCACAACCUAAUAACAAUGUGGUGCUUCGAAGAGACCUUAAAGUGGAGCCUCACUACAUUGAAGUGCGUGGGAACGGCUCCCUUACAAAGACUUACUGCUACAAGACCUGCCUGACAGCCACCUCUGGCAGUGACACGUUCAUGUUCUACAACACUGGACGUCCCAUCAGUGGCACCUGGGGCAGCGGUGCAGACCGCUUCUUCACCAGUGGAAGUGGAUUUGUACGCAGACUCAGUAUGCCUGAUGCUUCGAUGCAACUCUGCCCAGAGCCGAAAGCCCCGAAUGCUGACUGGCGAUAUUCUGCAUCUUUGAGGGCAGGGAUGCAGAGUUCAGUCCACAUGGAGGAGUCCUCUGUGAUGCAAGGAGCUCAGGGGAUGCUGGUCCAGAACUGGCCCACUGUGUCCAGCGCUGCUGAUGGAGAAGGUGGUGGAGAGCUGUCACCCCCAGUGGGCGCUGGAGUCAACAGCAACAGCUGGCACUUCAGAUACGGUGCCCAACAAGGCUACGGCCCUCCUCAGCCCCUGAAGCCCGGGGAGAUCCCCCCUGAAGCCUUCAUCAUCCCUGGCUCCCCAGCCAUCAUCUCUAUCCGACAAGACGCCGGACCUGUGGAUGACAAAGGAGACUUCAUAAGCUUUGGCAAGAAGGAGGAUGCCAAGAAGAAGAAAAAGAAGAAGAAGGACAAGAAGGACAAGAAGGAUAAGGGAAAAGACGACGGGGACGAAGAGUAGAGGCGAAGGGGUGACUUGAAAACAGAGCUACCAAUAAACCACCCUCACAGUAACAGCCAGAAAAAAAAGGCCAAAUGCAUAUUGUAGAACCGAGGGAGUCUGCUUGCAUCAGACAUUGUACCGUGGCCAAUCCCUCAUUAGACCAGGCCUGGCUCCAUGUGAACUUGCUAAACAAUUGUCUCUCCCUCUUUCUUGGCUCUUUGGCAUAUACAACUCUAAAGUUUAUGGAAAACAAAUGUUCUUAGUAUACAGACUUCAUCUAAAGGUUGGACCAAAUUAAAAAGCCAAUGAUUUACUGGAUUAGAUCUGUGAUUUGCUGCCCCCAGUUUGUAUAAUGAAAAACAAAAAUACCUGAAAAGGUGUACUAUUUGUAUCUGACCAUUGUCAGCUGAGGCUGCCCGUGAUGGCAUCUCUGUCUUUAUGCAGCCCCCUCCCCCUUUUUAGCUCGCAUACUUGGAGGUGAAGUCGAAGCCAAACGAAAUAAAUGAAACAGAGGCUUUUUUUCCUCAGAAUUAUGGAGGCCUUGUAGAAAUUCAGAAAAAUGUGGUCUUUUAUAUAAAAAAAAUACAAAAUAAAAAACUAACUACAUACAGUAUAUGAACCUUAAGAUAAUACCUGUAGGGGAAUAAGGUAGCUGGACCACACUCGAAUAAAAAGAGCUCUGUUUCAGUGUAACAUAGCACAUUGAGGAGGCGGAGGACCUGGACUGGGUUGCAACAACUAUGCGCAAGUUCGUUCCCACAUUAGGAUGUAAAGUAGUGGCUUCAUAACUGUUGGUUAAUUUGCAAUUAGCAAGUUACUUAAUUCGAUUGUACCAUGGGUAGUAAGGGGGGAAUUGAUUGGCUGAAGCUAGUUAUAACAUUAAGAAUUCAUGUGAGUGUCCAAUGAGGAAAAACAUCAUCGCGCUGAUGGGUACAAACCACAUAGAUUUGUAGAUAAACACAUUAUAUUGGCGAAAUAUUAUGAUUGGUAGAAAAAAGAAUCCAUGUUUGACUCUUGAAGGAUAAUGCUAGUUGUUGGUUGUUUAAGCACAUUCUCUACCAAUUGUCUGUUUGCAAUCACUGACUGCCAUUGUGUUUGGAGAGAGGUAAUUUUUUAUCCCAUUCUAAUUAAGCUGAACUACGGAUUAAUUCAACAACUGCAAUAAUGUUGUUGUAUUAAUUUUCCUUUGACCACAUUUAACACAAAACAUUACAUUUAUCAAAGCAAGCAAGCUCAGCCUCUCAAUUUUGAAUUAAAUGGAAACCAGAUUUUGCCUGCGAAGACAGACGAUAAAAAACGAAAAACUGGUCUUAAACGUAGUUGUCAGUGAAGAUAAAUUGGUAGAAAAUGGGCAAAGAUGACUUAAAACCUAGUUCUCUUGUCCUUAAAGUAGCAAAAUGGCAUGGAAUCACUAAAGAAUAUAUAGUGUGCAAAAAAAAGAGAAAAUUCCUGCUUUUACUGUUAGUGAGUGCAAUUGUGUGACUUUGUAUCAUUUGCACCUGCUUUAUUGCUUGCUUAACUAUUCAGUUGUUACUUAAGGUUAAGUUCUGUGGUGCUAUCGCUUGUGUUUUAGCAAUGCGUGAAUGGGGAUUAGUGGCUAUACUUUGGAUAUAAGUAGGGAACCUACGUGCAGCUGAUGCAACCGGCCCUGACCUUGUCUCCGCUAUAGGGAAUAUGGCACAGGUCAACGGGGACACCCCCAGUCUGACACACGUUAUCCUACAUAAACACUGACUCUCUCAUACACACAGGAAAACACACUUUCUGAUACACACAGACAUACACACACACACACACACAAAUACGUACAGAAAAUAAUACACAGCCCUUUCUGGAAAGACUGAAAGCCAGUGCAUACUAUGGGAGUGUAUUAUAUGGCGGGGAAGCAGGAACGUUGCUUAUUGCUUCAUUUCUGUUCAAGCCUGACCCCUCUACUUCUGUCUCUGAAUGUUUAGUAGUUGUUCUUCACGCCCUGCACCAUUGCCUCGACUGCUUCAGUGCUUGUAGGAUUCGCUUCGCCUGCUGGCUGUUUCCUCCCUCUACUCCUGCUCCUUCAAAUCAACACGGUCAGACGACAACUUUUCAAGUCACUCUCCCUCGUUGAACUCCGCCGCAGUAGCACAGUAACAUUUUGUGUAUUUGCAUAUUAACACACACACAUGUACACACACACACACACAGAUACAUCUUUUGUUAGGUUCAACUUCCGGCUAAGCUCAGGCGUGUCUCAUCUGAUUGCUAGUUGUUGACAGCCCUGUCAUAUCUCCGAUUGGGUUCGCAUCGUAACAACGUCUGACAGUUUUGAGAAAACUGAGACUAUGAUGUAGUAGAUAUAAUGAGACAAGAUGAAGACACAAGAAGAUAGCAGUCAUUGUAGUACAUUGUGUUAAUGCAACUUAUAUGAUGGAGAAACAAGUGCCGAGUUGAUAAGGAAAAGGCAUUCCUUUUUUUACGAGCAGAGGUGUUGUGGUUUUUUCUGUACGCGUGAGCCAUUAGUGACGACUGAUCAAAGUGGGUCAGCUGAGAAAACACUUAGAAAAUAAGUGAAGCAGCAGAGGAAAGAGGUUUGUUUAUGGAUUUGAAAAGAGGGAAACCCACUUAGGGUUUAAUUGAGGCGAAGCAUGCUGUUGACAUUGUUUACUGUAUUCUGCAGCAGUAAGAGGGGAAAGGAUAGAUGGUGGAACCAGGGAACGUGACACCAGCACACCGAGAAAAAAGAUCAACACAAGUUGAACUAAACAGCUGGCAAUACCUUGGCAAGCUUAUAUGCUGCACAGAAACAUCAGGCAUUAUGAUGCUGGGAUUUGCUGUGUAAGAAAAAAACGUUUUCCCCCCGCCAAAUUAUUUACUUUUGACAGAUUAUUCCAUAGAAAUGUAGAAUCUGAAGUGAGGGACACGUUUUGAGGUUGUUGAAAUCAUUCUGCUGUCAGCUGAUAGUAAGAAGGGUGUUGUCAGAUUGAGUUUAUAGAAGCCUUUAGUUGUAUGGAGAAUAUAAGUUAAUGUAAAGAAGCGUCAGCCAUAUUGAAAUUCCUGGACCCAGGGGCUACACCUAAGCUUUUUAUUUAUCUUUAUAAACAGCAUUCGGCAUGAAGGUGCAGAUUACAGUCUGGUUGUAGAUGCCUAGCUCUAUUAGAAAUCCAUUUUGAGAAUUGCAAGUUGAACUGUAGACAACACCAAGGAAGGAAGUAGGAAGAGUUAGCUCCUCUAUGUUUAUUCUAUAUUGCUUUUCUGUAAAACGGCUGGCUGCACUGGAAGCCGCCGAAAAACGGGACGUUGUCCCCAGAGGAUCUAUCAUCUUCAAAUGUUUGAAGUUGGGUUCACAGAUUGCAGUUACAUGAGCGUAGAGUGUGUGAAGAUCAACACCUUUAUUUGGUUCCGAUAGCGUAAAACCCGGCUCUAGAAUGGGGGAGAAAGGUCGGUAAGAUGUUGGACCAGCAUCAACAUGAUGAAAAGUGUCAUAAUAUCUCACCUCAGUGUUCCUUGUUUUAGAUCAUUGUCUUACCAGGGGUUUAUAGGUGCUGCUAUCAGGCUCAAUCUGUCCCAUGCACAUGUCUCCCUCCCCCUCUCGCCCCCCGCGCCCUGUCCUUCAGGUGUACUUCUGUGCUGUCAGAUCACCAAGUGGCUGUUUGCAUGUUAUAAGCAAAGGAAACAGAUACUAUAUAGAAACUAUAUAUACAUAGAUAUGUUUUUCCACUGGGAAAUGCGUAUUGGAAUACAUAUGCCUCUGAUACACAUUCUCAAAGACAAUACACACACAUGUAAAGUCCCACUCUCAUCCAGACAUACACACACAUACAUACAUACAUAAAUAUACGCUAUUGCAAACAGUAAUUUGUGGAAAAACCUAAAAGAAUCACAUUUUUUAUCCUGUUGAAAAUGACUUUAAUCUUCUAGAUAUACAUAAUGCUAUUGUGUUAUGCUAUGAAAUGUUUUUUUUUUUCCAUGUUUUUACCCGUAUGAUUUUCAUGGAUAAGAAAAUCAGUCCUCAAGUUGUGUUAAGCUUUGAAAUGAUGAUCAAACAAACACUGUUGUGAAAUCAAAUCAUGUACUCACCUUCCAUAUCUAUCCCUUACCUUGUAGAAUACAAAAAAAAAUGAAAAGGGAGAAAAAAAUGACAAAAUACCUAAAAUGAUGUGAAAAAAAAAUUAAAGUUGAUGUAUUCUCUGCUUGUGUAUAGUGAAUGUUCCUCAGUCACUGGGUGUGGCAGUGAGUCACAUGCCAGUGGACUGUGACAGUGCAGAUCUGUUAAUAACUUUUUUUGUACACCUGCUCAUCAUUGUAAAGGUGAUAAUAGUGAUUCUUAUGAUUUCAUCAAUCUGGUAAUGUGUUUUGUUAAUAAGUCACCAAUAAAGUUUUUCUUAAAUAUCUUCA